AUGAUCAGCUUGGCAAUUGGUCUUCCCGAAUUGAACAAAACAGCUGCAAAAACCAUGAAGGAACCUGAAAAUGAUGGAUCUAUAAAAGCCUUUGAAGACGCAAAAGAAGAAACAAGAACUGAAGGAGGUCUGGAAGAAGUUGGAGUAGGGAUUGAAGGAGCUGGAAAAGUCAUUGAGGAAGCAGGAGAAACUCUGGAAGAAGAAAAUGGACCAGCAGGCCUUAAAGAAACUGCAAAAGCCCUUGAAGACGUUGGAGAAGGCCUUGAAGACAUUGGAAAAGACCUUGAAGACGCUCCUCAAGACGGAUCUGCAGAAGAAGCUAGAAACGUAAUUGGCCUUGAAGAAGCCGCCGAAAAGGCCUUCUCCGAGGUUGGCAGAAAGAAUUGA